AUGCCGGAGGAGGUUCUGCUGCACUCGGUCAUCAUCAAGUCCCUUAUUGAGGUUGUUCCUUCUGCCUCUGCCCUGAUUAUCAAAGCUCUGAAGGAGCCUCCUCGUGACAGGAAGAAGCAGAAAAACAUUAAGCACAGUGGCAGUGUCAGCUUCGACGAGAUCGUCAACAUUGCGCGGCAGAUGCGGCACAGAUCCCUGGCUCGGGAGCUCUCGGGGACGAUCAAGGAGAUUCUUGGAACCGCCCAGUCUGUGGGCUGCAGCAUCGACGGCAGGCACCCGCAUGAUAUCAUUGAUGACAUCAAUAACGGUGCGAUUGAGUGCCCAGCGGAGUGCCGGCCCAGCCUGCCGACGGAGCUGCUGGCAGGCGAAAGGCGUUUGCCCUGUGAGCAGCACCUUCCCGAGGGAACGGCGGCUCGCUGA